AUGAACGCGGACGGUUAUAAACCAUCUCUGCAGCCUUCAUGGCAGCAGCAGCAGCAGUUGAUGCAGCAACAACACCUGCAGCAACAGCAGCUGCAACAAAAGCAGGAUUUCGGCAAGCUGUCACGGGCAGCUGCUGCGGGAGGGAUGCAGGGGGACCCUCCGCUACAGCAACCGUGGCAGCAGCAUACUCAGCAGCAGUAUCCGUCUUACCCUAUGGUUAAUAACCCCAUUCAGCAGCAUACUUUUCAAGGGCAGCUACCAGAAGUGAUGGAACAGCCUCAGCAACAGAUGCAGUUGCCGCAGCAGGAGUUGCAGCACGCACUUACUUGGCAGCAGCAGCAUUCACAGAUGCAUGGUGCACGUCAAGAACAGCAGGUGCAGCAGCAGCCAGAGCAAGUACAAUCUCAGCAGCAGGUAGCGCAGCAGCAGUUGUCUCAGACUCAGCAGCCGCAGCAGCCACGGCCGCAACACUUGCAACUGCAGCAGCCACUGUCACAGCAGCUACAGCUCCAGCAACCACAGCCGCAGCAGCAGCCACAACAACAGCCACAGCCGCAGCAGCCACAGCUGGAGAAGGCACACCUGCAGCAGCAGCCACCACUACAGCAGCCGCAGCUGCAGCACCAACAGCAACUACAGCAGCAGCCACAACUGCAGCACCAGCUACCGCCGCAGCAGCAGCCACGACUGCAGCACCAGCUACAGCCGCAGCAGCAGCCACAACUGCAGCACCAGCUACAGCCGCAGCA